GUGGCGAGGAAGGCGAGGGCUUGGCGGGCAACGCGUGUACGCGAAAAGGGCUAAGCGAAGUCUUCAAUCCCGGAUAAGAAAAAGUCUUCAUUCCCCGCUGUCCCGCGGCCGGAAGGCCCACCGCUGCCGUCGGUUGCAGGCCCUGCUCGCCGGAGCGCAGCUCCACGCGAGUACGCGACCACGUCCAGCGACUGACUCCACUCCUGCUCCACCGCUCCCGCCGUCGCGAUGCGGCGGGACCUCCUCGCUCGCCCGUGUCGUCGUUCGUAGACCAGGCGUGCGCAGCGCCACCCCCAGUGCAGUCAAUCUCGUCGGCUGAUCGUUUCUUUCCCUGCGGCGGCAAAUCAAUCUACCCGCGGUUAACGCGACGAUGACGCGGUGAGGAGUGCAACGCGGAAGGCUGGCACCCGCAUUGCUCUGCGCCCGCGGCCUGUUCGACGGAAUUCCCAGCCGGGGCGCCUCACGGUGGUGGUUCGGCUGCCAGGGCCGAGGAUGCCCUUGCGGGCGUACGUAGGCAUGCUGGCACGCGGAGCCAGGCCUGACGCGUACACUUUCCCGCCGUUGCUCAAGGUGGUGGCGGCGGAGCGGGGCGCCGUGGCGUCGGCUGCCGGAGAUGCUGUCCUCGCGCAUGUGGUUAAGUUUGGGCUGGAGCUCAACGCCCACGUGGCAAGCUCGCUGGUGCUCAUGUAUGCAGCCAGGGGCGACGGCGUGACUGCGCGUGCGCUACUGGAUGUGCAGCUCGCCAGAGGUGGCGGCACGCCCGUUGUGUGGAAUGCGCUCAUGUCCGGUCACAAGAGAAGCAGGCAGUUCAGGCUGUCAUGCUGCUCUUUCCAGGAUAUGGUGAGGGCUGGCAUUGUGCCCACGCCGGUCACCUACAUCACGGUGCUGUCAGCAUGUGGCAAAGGCAACGACGUCCUGCUCGGAAUGCAGCUGCACAAGCGCAUCAUUGAGAGCGGGGUGUUGCCUGACCUCAAGGUGGAGAAUGCGCUCGUUGAUAUGUAUGCCGAGUGUGGCGAGAUGGAAGCUGCUUGGGAUUUGUUUGAGGGCAUGCAGGUGAGGAAUAUUGUGUCCUGGACGUCGGUAAUCUCUGGGUUUGUAAGACUAGGUCAAGUUGAUCGAGCCAAAGUACUGUUUGAUCGUAUGCCUGAGAGGGACACCGUCUCAUGGACUGCAAUGAUUGAUGGUUAUGUACAAGCUGGCCAGUUCCGAGAGGCAUUGGAGAUGUUUCGUGAGAUGCAACUUAGCAAGGUGAGGGCAGAUGAGUUCACCAUGGUCAGCAUAGUCACGGCAUGCGCGCAGCUUGGUGCUUUAGAGACAGGGGAGUGGGCUAGAAUCUACAUGAACAGACAUGGGAUCAACAUGGAUACUUUUGUCGGGAAUGCGCUCAUAGACAUGUAUUCAAAAUGUGGGAGCAUCGAGCGUGCAUUGGACGUGUUCAAUGAGAUGCACAGUAGAGAUAAAUUUACUUGGACCGCCGUUAUACUUGGUCUUGCAGUGAAUGGCCAUGGUGAGGAGGCUAUCGAUAUGUUUGACAGGAUGCUUAGGGCGUUUGAAGCUCCAGACGAGGUGACCUUCAUUGGCGUUCUCACUGCCUGUACUCAUGCUGGCUUGGUUGAAAAAGGACGAGACUUCUUUCUCAGCAUGACUGUGACCUACAGGAUUGCUCCUAAUGUGAUGCAUUAUGGAUGCAUGAUCGACCUCCUUGGGCGAGCUGGGAAACUAAGAGAAGCAUUGGAGACAAUAGGUAAAAUGCCCAUGAAACCCAGCUCUGCAAUCUGGGGGACCCUGCUGGCAGCUUGUAGGGUUCAUGGUAACUCAGAGAUAGGUGAAUUGGCAGCAGAACAUCUCCUUGAGUUGGAUCCAGAGAACAGCAUGGCUUACGUCCUUUUGUCCAAUCUGUAUGCAAAAUCUAAUAGAUGGGGGGAUGUCCGGUGGCUUAGGCAGGUAAUGAUGGAGAAAGGAAUCAAGAAAGAGCCUGGUUGCAGUCUUAUUGAAAUGAACGGCACAAUUCACGAAUUUGUAGCUGGCGAUAGAUCUCAUCCUAUGAGCGAAGAAAUCUAUUCUAAAUUGGACAAGGUACUCACGGAUUUGAAGAAUGAUGGGUAUGUACCUGAUGUAACCGAGGUCUUUGUUCAAGUCACAGAAGAAGAAAAACAAAAAGUUCUUUAUUGGCACAGCGAAAAGUUGGCUGUCGCUUUUGCAUUACUCGUAUCAGAAUCCAGCAUGACAAUAAGGAUCGUGAAAAACUUGAGGAUGUGUUUGGACUGCCACAAUGCAAUUAAAUUGAUCACCAAGUUGCAUAUGAGAGAGAUUGUUGUGAGGGACAGGACACGCUUCCAUCAUUUUAGACAUGGACUCUGCUCUUGUAAGGACUAUUGGUAACUCAGCAUGCAUCGAUGAUGUAAAACAAGGUAAUAUCAGUUGUCCUAAAGUCUGAGUGAUCACUCAAUGAUUAACAAGCAUUUUUCAUUUCAAAUGAUGCACUGGCUGCAAAUCUGUACUUCAGAGGACGAAGUGGUAAUUAAAACAAUGUUCUCACACCAAUGGAAGCCAUACAUGUUAAGUUCUCAUUUGGGAUCAUCCCCAAACAUCUUGGUCUAAUUUUCUCUGUUGCCGAAUGAUGAUUGUUAUAUUGACAGUUUGGCGCAACUUCUAUUCAAAGAAAUCGUUCUGCCAUUCACUUGGUAGCAAAUCUGGGUGUCUGCUGAAGCUUUACUGUUUGGUGCUUAGUGAAACCAGGUUCGUUCUAUUUCCACCAAUCUGCAGCUUUCAUAUGUUCAAUCCCGUUGCCUAGUUGGUAGUUGAAUUUGUAAUGAACUCAAAACAUUGACCUGCUUUGAUUGUAGAAUAUUUCACCAUGCUUGUUCAUAGUUGCUCAGUAAAUCUUGAAACGUUUUGUGGAACAGCCACUCUAUUUAGACGCAUUUAUUUAUAUCAUGGCACAAGUUAUUCACACAUCCUUGUGCCCACAGUUGUUAGAUACCUCCGUAUCAAAAUAUAAGACGUUUUUGCAGUUCAAAUUGAAGCGCAAAAACGUCUUAUAUUUUGGUAUGAACGGAGUAAAUACAUACUUUUAUCCGAAAAAAUAUAUUUAGAAGGUUAAAGUGCAUAUUUAGCAGGAAUGUGGCACCUGAAGUAAUUGCUUUCCUCAUUAAUCUUGAGUUUGGCUCUCCUCAAACCUUUUUUUAGGAUUAGGAUGGGAGAGAUCCUUGAAACUUAAUGUGCAUCACACUACUCAGUCAAACAUAAGCUUCUAAUUUCUUGUGCGCUUUAUGCUGGUUCUAAUUCCUUCUUUUCUUUCGAUUAUUCACCUCGAAUUACCUCUUGCUUUCAGUGUCAGUUUUGAUUGUGUGCAUACAUUUUAUUUACUUUUUGCCCUUUUCUAACUCUUAUUAACUCUGAUGAGCUAGUGGGAAACAAAGGGAAGGGAAAACAUUGUGUUGACUGCCAUAUAACCUGUAUAAAUCAGACUGUGUGUAACAUUAUGCUGACUGCCAUGGAACCUGUGUAACAGUAUGGAUAAUCGAUAUUGCUGUCAACUCAUUUGGACCAUGCCUAAUCUCUAAACAAUUAGGCCACCACCAGUGACCCUGAUACAAGCUACUGGUUAUUUGGAAAAUAAAGUUCUUUAUUAAGUUUACACCAUGUGCAUCAACCACAUGCCUUCGUCUUGUUUCCCAAUUCUUGAAUCAGUAGCUUAAUGUUGUUAUAUGAAGAACCUUCCUCAUCGAAAGCCCUCCUUGCCUUGAUGGCACAGUCUUUUGCUCUCACCCGGAACUGCUCUUGAGCUUUCCCCUCAUCCAUCAGGGCGUACACUGCUCUCUCCACAUCAUUUCUUGUAAGCAUAGCCUCUUUGUGUUCAUGUCCCCACCGUGUAACUCCUUCCACUCCAACCUCCACCCCAAUGUUCAGCACAUCCACCACCAACUUCUCGUUUGAAAACUGCUCCGCGAAGUGUGGCCAUGUGAUCAUGGGCACGCCUGCACAGAUGCUCUCUAUUGUUGAGUUCCACCCACAGUGUGUCAUGAAUCCUCCAAUGGCUUGGUGCCACAGGAUCAUCACCUGUGGUGCCCAGCCUCUUAUGAUCAUGCCUCUCUCUUUGACGCGUUCCUCGAAGCCAUCUGAGAGCCAUUCCUCAACUUCUGGAAACUUAUCUCCCGCUUUGAUCACCCAAAUGAAUGGUUUCUUGGUGGCUUCAAGUCCCAGGCCGAGCUCAAUAAGUUGCUGAGGUGCAGUGCAGGUGAGGCUGCCAAAGCUGACAAAGAUCACCGAGCCUGGCUUCAUUGAAUCAAGCCACUGCAAGCACUCUGCCUCAUCUAUCGGCGCCUUGUUUCCUCUUGCGGCGAUUGUGUUGCUGUUUUGGUGGCAGAGGCACAUUGGCCCGACCGUCCAUACUUUCUUCCUUGUCACCUGCUCAAAGGAUUCGAUAUGCAAUGUCUCCAGCUCUUUGAAGCUGUUGAGGACCACGCCAUCGCAUCUCAGCUCCUCUUGAUAGAUCUUCUCACGAAUUUGCUCCAUGCCUGGAAUGGGAAUGCGUCCAGGGCAUUUAGCCUUUGCCAACUCCAGUGGUGUAGGGAACCCUGGGAUCGUAAUGAGCUCAUUCUCAUCUGUGACGUGUUUCAAUAAGUUGUCGCGGAAAAUGAUGUAACUGCAAGAUGGUAAUAGUUGUUAAAAUUGCAUAAAACUGCAGGCUUAAAUGUCAACAAACUGCAAUUGAUCUGCAAAACUAAAGAUAGUAAUAGCAGUUAAUUUGCCCGGUACAAAAUUAACUGCUCACGGGAUUUCCCUCUUAUGAUUGUACCUGACAAGGGACGAGAAGCCACAGAAGCCACUAAAGGCGAGCCUCGGGAUACCAAGCUCUCUUGCGACGUCACCGGUCCACCAAUGCAUCGUGUCAGAUAUGAUGCAGCUCGGAGGCGACUGUUGCUGCUCAUGGAGGUGUGCCUUGAGCGGCUCCCGAAGCGUGGUGCAUGCCUCCAAGAAGUUCGACAGCAGAUCCUUGGAUUGGAUCAUGUCGACGUUCUCACACCCGUCCGGUAGGCCAAACUCGGCUGCCGGGAAAUGGAGCUCCACGAGCCGGACCGCCAGGCCUGCCUCCUCCACGUGGGCGGCAAAGCUUGCCAACCUGGACGCGUUCACUGGCGUGGUGAUGAAGGUGACCUGCGCGCCGUGCUCGGCCAGCAGGCGUGCCAUGUCGGUCAUGGGAAUGGUGUGACCCUGCGCCAUCAUCGGGACCAGCACGAAGUGCACCCUUGCGGAGCCGCUCUGGCCAUCGCCGGACAUGGCUGAUUUGGCUUUGUCAGCGAAAUUGGUGGAGUCAGUCAAGCUGGGAGGAAGCAACACUACCGUUCGGCAAGAUGCAUGCCACUUGCCACGAUCUGUUGGAAGCAACGCAAUGGGAUGGUAACCGUGGCGUAUAAAUAGCACCUGGUCGUGGCGGAAAAUGCUUUGGGCUGUAUUUCUCAGUUAUUUCGUAUGUUUGCUGUUAUAAAUGCUCGAUCUUUCGUAUAUGACCAAUGAUCUGCUCAUCUAUUUUUUUUGCGAAAAAAAACUUCCAAUC